UUCUGAGAUACACAAAAACAUACAAAAGUUGCAGGUACGAAAGACCAUGGAAUUCAAGAUGUUUCUAAUGAAACAGUUGAAAGAGCUCAACCAGCUAAUGAAGUUGAAUUUCUCCUACAGACAACAGUGGAGUCUACAGUUCCUGAGACUGCCUUUACAGAGGAUGCAGCUAGAGUUUCCGAGACAGAUUGCUUCACACCAGAUGAUAUGGCAGUUACGCCUGCAUCAGAGACUCUGCUCGAUGAUGAUCAACCUUUAUCAAUGUGGACCGAGGGGAUGCACUCCUCUGCGACUGCUGAUGAGUUAGUUUCUGGAAGGAAUUCUAGCGGACUGGAUGAGACAAAUGGAAGAAAUGUUGAUAUGGCAAUGGUACCUUGUGUGAAAAAGGCCCGAGGCGUAAAGACACCAGAUGAAAAUGAGUGUGUGCCUUUCGUAAAGAGAUCAUUGGUAUGGAAUACCAUUGAAUCUAUGGAAAUAUUUCAAAUGAUACCACAGAAACCUCAUUUUCGUCCUUUAGCCGAUUGUAAAGAGGAGUAUCGUGAAGGAUCGGCCAUUGGCAUAAUGGUCACAUUCGCCAGUUUGUUUGAGAAGAUAGCCUCGCUGCAAUUUGAUGGUUCCGAGAGCAUUUUGACGAGUACUUUGGAAAGUCUUGUUGAUUUAGAGAAGCAUGGAUUUGAUGUUGCCAUUCUGAGAAACCGUGUGAAAGAUUUGCUGUCGAUUACGGAUGGGAAAGAGGAGCUUCUAAACCAGUCAAAAGAUAUUGAAAGACAGAUAAGAGAGCACACCGAUGAGAGGGGACAAUUGGUCUCAAAGAUAAAUGAUACUGAAAAGAAGAUAAUCGAGUUACAACUAGAGCUCGCGCCAUUUAAGUCGGAGAUGAAAACCAAGGAAAAUGUGAUCGCCAGGCUGCAGUCGGAUGUGGAUUCUAUGAAGGGACGCAUGAACACUGACCGAGAUAAUUUUGCAAAACUAGCUAGUGCCCCUUGGGUUUUUUUGUGAUGCUGUCAUUAGUUGUUUUUAUUUUUUGCGGGGCGCAGCGACCUGGUAAAUCAUAACAUUUUCGCUGGAGCAAUGAGUUCAGUAGUGAUUGAUAACAAUGUACAUAUCAUACGCACUUCUAAUCUGUAUUUACGCAAUGGCGCAUCUGGUUCUGGAGAUGAUGAUUUUCCGUGGUAGCUCAUAGAUUAUAUAGGAUGCUGGGAUAGAGUCGGAGAUGUGUCGAUUUAGCUGUGUCUUGAGUAAGAUGCCAAUGAAAUUAUAAUUUGGUAUUUACCCCUUUGAUGCCAAAAGUUCUGUUCUCA